AUGCUCGGCACGAUCGCCGCGGGCUGCGACGCGUUCACGCCCGUCGCCGGCGAGCCGCGGCGCUACGGGUCGCCCAAGUUCCGCGAGUGGCACGCGUGGCUCCGCGAGCGCGCGGCGGCGCUCGUCGCCGACGCCGUCGGCGGCGGCGCGCCCGACGAGCUGCGCGCGCGGCUCUGCGCGAGCUUCGGCAACGAGACGCGCAUCGACUACGGCACGGGCCACGAGGCGGCGUUCCUCGCGUUCCUCUACUGCCUCUGGCGCUUCGGCGCGUUGACCGACGACGACGUCGACUCCGGCGCCGUGGCCUGCGGCGUCUUCCGCGCCUACGUCGCCGCCUGCCGCGCGAUCCAGGACUGCUUCGGCCUCGAGCCCGCGGGGGCCCGCGGCGUCUGGGCGCUGGACCCGUACCAGAUGCUGCCGUUCGUCUUCGGGAGCGCGCAGUGCAUCGCGGGCGACGCCGGCGACGCGCCCGCGGGCUGGGGCGACGAGGACACGCUGGACGUCGUGCCGGGCCUCGACGCGAAGCGGCACGAGUCCAUGUUCUACGAGUGCGUGCUCCACGUGCGCGACGCGAUCGGCGACGCGAGGUUCGGCGAGGCCGCGCCGAUUCUGUUCAACUGCUCGCACCGGCCCUGGCGCGUGACGAACCGGCGCAUCUUGCGGUACUUCGCCCAGGAGGUGCUGGGCGUCAAGGUCGUCGUCCAGCACAUGCUCUUCGGGGACCUAUUUCCCGCGGACUGGCUCGCGCCGGCGACGGAGGCGGCGACGCCCGCCGCGGACGACGCGGCCAUGGAGACGUACCUGCGCAACCCCUACCAGACCGUCUUCGAAGCCCAGGAGGCCCAGGACGUCCGGAGCCCGCCCUGGUAA